AUGGAAAUAUAUGAAACAUGCAACUUGAUGAUCAUAGAACCAGAAAGCUUUCAAGAAGCUUUUAAGGAAGAAAAAUGGAGAAAAGCUAUGAAUGAAGAGAUAAAAAUGAUCGAAAAAAAUGAGACUUGGGAGCUUGUGAAUCGUCCACAAGACAAAGACACUAUUGGAGUUAAGUGGGUCUACAAGACAAAGCUUAACUCAGAUGGCUCAACCCAGAAGCUUAAAGCAAGGCUAGUUGCCAAAGGAUACUCACAACAAUAUGGUAUCGACUACAAUGAGAUAUUUGCUCCAGUUGCUCGCCUUGACACAAUCAGGGCAUUAAUAGCACUAGCUGCACAGAAGAAAUGA